CGCUGCGUCCACUUGGCAAAGAGCCUGGGAGACGCCUGUGGCAAAAGAGUUACUGUCAAAUGCAAGGUUCAUUUAAUAAGAGCGAUCAGUCCGGCUCCGAUAGUCAUGGCGACCACAGCAUCCAGUCAUUAUAGUAUUCUCACCUCCAGCGCGUCAAUAGUGCACUCGGACUCCGGGAGUAUGCAGCAGGCACCAGCGUACAGGGACGCGCAAACCCUGUUGCAGAGUGAGUACUCACUGCAGAACAACAGUCACCCGCUCAGCCACGCGCACCAGUGGAUCACAGCGUUGUCACACGGAGAAGGAGCUCCGUGGUCGUCUAGUCCCCUCGGCGAGCAGGACAUCAAGCCAGCGAUUCAGAGCUCCAGGGAGGAGAUGCAUAACUCCAGCAAUUUACAGCACCAGUCGCGGCCGCCGCACCUGGUACAUCAGGGGCACGGGAACCAUCACGACGCAAGGGCAUGGAGAACGACCACGGCGGCGCACAUACCAAGCAUGGCAACGUCGAACGGACAGAGUCUUAUUUAUUCUCAGUCUGGGUUCAGUGUGAACGGGCUCAUACCGGGCAGCGGACAAGGUAUACACCACCACAAUCUGCGAGACGCGCACGAGGACCACCACAGCCCACAUCUCAGCGAGCACGGCCAUCCGCCGUCCCAGCACCAGCAACAACACCAGAGUCACCACGAGCACUCAGACGAGGACACGCCGACCUCGGACGACUUGGAACAGUUUGCCAAACAGUUUAAACAGAGGAGAAUCAAGCUGGGUUUCACGCAGGCGGACGUUGGGCUAGCUUUGGGAACCCUGUACGGAAACGUGUUUUCACAAACCACGAUAUGCAGAUUCGAGGCCCUGCAGCUCAGCUUCAAAAACAUGUGUAAGCUCAAGCCUUUGUUAAACAAGUGGUUGGAAGAGGCCGAUUCCACCUCGGGAAGUCCAACUAGCUUGGACAAAAUAGCGGCGCAAGGCAGGAAGAGGAAAAAGCGGACUUCCAUUGAGGUAAGCGUCAAAGGGGCUUUGGAGAGCCAUUUCCUUAAGUGCCCAAAGCCAGCAGCUUCGGAAAUUACUUCACUAGCGGACAGUCUGCAUUUGGAAAAGGAGGUGGUGAGGGUUUGGUUUUGUAACAGACGACAGAAAGAGAAACGGAUGACUCCUCCCGGCGGACAGCUCCCGGGUACCGAGGACGUAUACGGGGACACACCACCCCACCAUGGGGUUCAAACGCCAGUUCAGUGAACAAACAUGGACAAUCUGUUUAUUGACUGUCUCAGUCUUAAUUUAUACUUAAACGAUGACAUCAAAACGAGGAACUAUCCAAAGCGAUAGCAUAUGUGCGGUUUUACUACGCUGAGGCAAGGUGCCAAACAUUAAAUGCGACAGGGCGAAUGUGCGCUUCCCUCGUGAGCGAAGAGAAUGAUUGUGCUGUGAAAACCCAUCACUGUGACGAGUUCCAGUUUUUAAGGACGAGUGUCCAGCCUGAGACGUGACGAGUGCAGCAGCAUUCGAUAAGUAAACGCCAUUUUUACCUCUGUUGCGAGCAACUGGGGCUGAGCAUUGCCUCAAUCGCGCAUCAUCCAUCCACUACCAAUAUUCGGCCUUCAGCUUUGGACUGCUAAAAGAGCUUUUGAAUAGAUGUUUUAUUAUUAUUAUUAUUAUUAUUAUUAUUAUUAUUAUUAUUAUUAUUAUUAUUAUUAUGGUAUAAGAAAUAAAUACAUUUCAAGCAGCUUAAAGCUUGAUGCAAGUUAAUGAUAAGAGAUUUGGAGGACUUUGCGAUAAAACACGGGCCCUUAUUAAAAAAAAAAAAAACAACAACUCAUGCCAGCAUUUUCAACUUAUCGAUAUGCGCGAUUAAAUACAAAAGAUUGCCAGCUACGAGCACUGCGCCACGCGCUAGCAGCUUGCGGACAGGUCACGAAGGGCUAUGUGUGACAGAAACCUGGAAUUUUCUUUCACUAGUAUAAAUAAAUAAAUAAACCCAGUGCAUUGGAUAGCGUUGUAAAUAGUGUAUUAUUUCAAAAGGCGUAACUACUUUAUCUUCUCACUUCAGCACUUUUUUAGGCAAAUCUGGAAGAAAAAAAAGAUUUUAGUGGUUUAAUUAUUUUUUUAUUGUUGCUUUGACAUGAUUUAUAGCCUACUCUUUUUUAUUUACAGUAAUUUAUCACAAGUACUGCUUGUUAUCAUCCGCGUGAGAUGGUUGCUCUUUCACAUCUUUAAGCAGUCUUUUGGUAAAACCUUCAAACGUUUCAGGCGUCAUAUCCAUGUAUAUACAAUAAAACCUCGACAAUGUUAGCACUAUUUUUAUCUUACGAAUUCAAUAAUAUGAAAUAUCUCAAACAUUUAAAAAUGUUUUAAAAAUAAUUUUAAAAUAGAAGCUAUCUGUUCAGAUACGUAGAGUUGGCUAAGGGAAAUUAUGUGGCACCUGCAAUAUUUUCAUUGGGAAUUAAACUGGUCUGAAUCUUUCAUAGGCUGUAGUUGCAUUUUUGUGUAACGUAAUUUAUAUUUCAUGUAAACAUAUCAAAAAUACUGCCAUUAUUAUUAUUAUUAUUAUUAUUAUUAUUAUUAUUAUUAUUAUUAUUAUUAUUAUUAUUAUUAUUAUUAUUAUGCUAUUGUUGGUGUGAUGAGCAUACGCUUAAUUCAGCAUUCAGAACCCACAUUUACAGCCGUAAUAAGAGCAAUCGUGGUUUUUGUUUUCAUUCAAGUUUAGCCUAAGUUUUUCUCCAUGUUAAGUGUUAACGGUUUUCUGAAAGCCCGAGCUUUUGAGACAGCCUACACUGAAAUGUAAACAGAAAGAUGAGAAGGUGAGGGAACAAGGUGCGCUAGCAGGAGUCGACUACAUCGCUAUGUACAUAAAAUACUACAAAGCCGAAAUGAAUUACUUUUUAUAUAUUUUAUUUCCCAGAAAAAUGUUGUUCUGUUCGUCUCAUUUUGACUGUCUGCCUAGUUAUACCGUUUCUUAAGAAGAAAGCAUAAAUGGGCAAGGCGCCAGAUGUUUCCUCUGUAGCUUUAAUUAAUCAAACUGUCAUAUAAUUCAUUAAGAACUGUGGGAUGUAUUUAUUCGUUGUUUUGUUUAUUUUCUGUCAUAUAUCAAACUUUGAACUCGAUGAAUUUGUGGGUAUAAUAAAAUAAGCAGAGGUUGUGAUAGAAAUUUGAACCUGAGACGUUUUUCUUUAAUCAGAGCUGGCCAGUGUGAAAUUUUAAGUAAUUGUUGACAACUCUUCAUGUGUUGAAUAACGACCGAUAGUCUUUUUAAAGUGGCAUAUCUAAAUAAGAGGGUGUUUAGGCUAAGCCGCGCGUCAUUAAUUUUGAAAAUAAGGAAACGCUUUACGUUUGUAAAGCGCAAGGUGAAUAAUGGGUUGCUUUGGUUGGUUAUUUUGUUUACGUGGGAUGCUGAGGGAUAGGCCAGUAAAAAUUCCUCUGAUCCAUUUUCCUUCUCGAGGAAGCAAGGCCUUGCACUGAGUUUGCGGGCGCUUCUCUGUGCCUGUUCAACAGGUCUGCUGAAUUACACUAUCGACAGUUCGCUGUGCUCUGUUACACAGCCAAUACAAACGAUCGAUAAAUCUUUUGGACCAAUCUCCAAACUAAACUGCUCUCUGUUGGCUUUAAAGCUUAUUUGAUGAACCAGAAAUUUGCUACAUUCACGCCAUCUCUAUUUAAUGUGUUCUGUUUAAUAUAGAUGUUUAUUUUGAGAGUUACAGCUUAUUCGGACGUGGUUGGAAUAUUAAAAUAUGCGUUAUUUGGCUACGUUAAAAGCUGGAGACGUUUAUUUUAAUGGUAUUUUAACUGAUUAGGCGGUUUAUGCUAGAGUAGCCAAUGCUUAUUGUAAAACACGCACUUUAGUUCUAUUAGGAGUUUUCUAAAUUUACGGGGAAUCUUUUUAAAAUAUUCACUAGUCUACGAAAGUAUACGAUUGUUUUCAUAAGUACACUGUAUGCAAAGCCAUAUUGAUUAUUUCAUCUAAAUAUAUUGGAAAAAUUUUGAUAUUUUGAGCUGUGAAAUUUGUAGUCUUAAAAACAUUUCCAUUUUCGUGACAAGUCGAGGUAGAUGACGUGCGUGGUCAUGAACCCUGGAUGGUUUUCCCUUUGUGGUUUAUCACGCCUGUGUUUUUAGUUCUGGGGUCGUCUGUUUUAAACAAGGCCACUCGCUCGUACUGCAGUUUCAAUUUACAGAUUUUCAGGACAUGGAUUUUGUUCUGAACCAAAGUUUUAUAGGCUAUUUCCCGUUCUUGUAGUUUUCGCACAAUAAUGUAAAUAUUAAUUUUGUGAGGAGUCGAUCAGGAUUUCGGUGGUAGGCUACUUUAGCCUGAUAAUAGAGAAGGCUAGACUCCACUUAUUCACCAGUUACCCGUGUCCAGUACUGUGUCAACUAGCACGAUCCUUAGUGGGGAAACUCUUUAUCUCUGUUCUCUGGUGCUGUUGCGAUGCACAGGUCACAUCACAUACCGAGAUCUAUUGCUCUAGAUCUAGGUAAAUAAAAUUUGCCAUAGGCUAAAAUGUUUUCGAAUGUGGAACAUAUUUUUAUCCUUUAGUGCCACCUAGUGAAGUGGCACUUGGAAUUGCAGGACAUCUGAAGCUGCAGGGAUUCUAUCUGCACAGCGUUAAAAUCGCACGACUAAUUACUGUAAAUUAUAUUUGGUAGCAAAUUUUCUAAAAUGGUAAUAGAUUACCUUACUUAAUUAGUUAAUUGUUUGUAUGUACAUUAAGCCUAGUAGAAACAUGAAAACGGUUAAAAGGUUCUAAAUUCACAUUACCCAUAUUAUUUAUUUGUAUGUGUGUGUGCUUAUAAAUCAAUUUAAAUAUCAUCUUAGGAAAAAUCCCCCGAUUAAAUAUUACUGUAUAAAUACACUAUUUAAUUAUUAAGACAUAUGUGGACCUUAGUGAAAUUUUGGAGAGUUGUUUUGUUACAAAAAUGCUAAAAAAUAAAAUGGUAGAAAAUGCAUUUAUAUUUUUGGAAUACUGACCAGAUAUUACAGAAUAAUAUAUUGAGUUUUCAUAUGGAAUACAAUAAUGUGAAUUCCAUAUAAGUGCCCAUAUGAUGUAUGAAAUAAGUAGACCUAAAAUCUAUAGCAUUGUUUAGUGUAAUUACAAAUUCAAAGACAAAGUAGCUGACUGGCCAUAGCAUAAGACAUGCUCAUUCUGAAACAAGGCAACUAACCAACUAAUCUGUAAAACACUGGGAUCAAAAUUUUGUCCAUUGAAGUGAGAGGUGAGCGCCAUCUGAUCACUGCUUUCUUUUUCAU